AAACACUCUUGCUUCAUAGGGCAGAGUAUCAUAAACCACCAUGAAAAUCAAGAAGAACACAAUUUAUGAUAACAAACCCACCUUCAAAUUCAACCAACCCAUCUCAGAAUUCACCUCUCUCAUCCUCUUCUCUAUGUUCUCUCUCUCCUCAUCAUCAUCAUCAUCAUCAUCAUCACCACAUCAGCUCAAAAGACCGCCGCCAAUUCCAAUUAUGCCCAUCCCAACCUCACGGCAACUCUCAUGGCAGCUCUCAGAGAUGGCCCUCUUCCUCCAUUUCGGACCCAACACCUUCACCGACUCCGAAUGGGGCACAGGCCACGCCGAUCCCUCAAUCUUCAACCCCUCCGCCCUAGACGCCACCCAGUGGGUCAGAGUCGCCAAAGAAAAUGGAUUCUCUCGCAUAAUCCUAACCGCCAAACACCACGAUGGGUUCUGCUUGUGGCCCUCUCUAUACACAGACUAUUCGGUGAGAUCUAGUCCUUGGAAGAACGGGAAUGGCGAUGUUGUGGCCGAAUUGGCCGAGGCUGCUCACAGUGCUGGUGUCCAACUGGGGCUUUAUCUUUCGCCAUGGGAUCGGCACGAGCCGUGCUAUGGGAAGACUCUUGAGUACAAUGAGUUCUAUAUGGGGCAGAUGACUGAAUUGCUCACAAGAUAUGGCAUGAUAACAGAGGUGUGGUUGGAUGGUGCAAAAGGGGAGGGAGAGAAGGACAUGGAGUAUUUCUUUGAUUGUUGGUGUAGUCUCAUUCAUCAACUCCAGCCCCAGGCAGUCAUUUUCUCUGAUGCUGGUCCAGAUGUCAGGUGGGUUGGAGACGAGGCCGGUGUUGCUGCACCCUCUUGCUGGUCUAUUUUCAACAGGAGUGCUGCUAAAAUUGGUGACACUGAUACCGAAUAUGCAAAAGGUGGAGAUCCAUUCGGUCAUGACUGGGUACCUGCCGAGUGUGACGUCUCCAUCAGACCCGGUUGGUUUUGGCAUGCAUCUGAACUUCCGAAAUCCGCACAGACUAUUCUCGACAAAUACUACAAAUCAGUCGGCAGAAACUGUCUCUUGUUACUAAAUGUACCCCCAAACUCAUCAGGUCUCAUAUCCAAUGAAGAUAUUCAAGUUCUUCAAGAAUUCACCGAGCUCCGAGCAUCCAUAUUCUCCCAAAACUUGGCAAAAAAUGCCCUCAUUUCUGCGAGCAGUACAAGACAAGGCAUCAAUGAUUCUCAGUUUGACUCUCGGAAUGUUCUUGAAGAAGGUAUGUACUCCUACUGGGCUUCAGAAGAAAAUCAAUCGGAUUGGAUGUUGUAUUUAGAGUUUCAAGAUCCAGUAACUUUCAAUGUUUUACACGUUCAAGAGCCGAUUCAGAUGGGGCAACGUGUUGUUGAGUUCCAUCUUGAUAGCUUAAAUGAGAAAGGGCAAUGGAAGGAAGUGACUAAUGGCACGACAGUGGGACAUAAGAGGUUGUUGCGAUUUCCCACUGUAGUGUCUAAUCAAUUGAGGUUUGUUAUCGUCAAGUCUAGGGCAGACCCGUUGAUUUCUUAUUUGGCAAUUCAUAUGGAUUUGGUUUCAACUUUGAAUGUAUCUCACACAAGUAAUUCAUCAUCAUACUUCAAUAGAAGUCAAGUUCUACAGCAAAUUACACGCAACCAUUCACAAAUUGUUUCAAUGUCUUCUUGAAUAAAAUUGUCUGUACAAUAGUAUGACCUUAAUUGGAUUAUCUUCAUGCUCAGUUAUUGGAGCCUGUUGUUGUUG